UCAGAUGCGGAGCCCAGCGCAGGACUGACACAGUUUCAGCACCACUUGUCUUGGUGGGAUGUAGACAACGAGACUGGAGUUGCUGAAUCGCCUCUCUACUUCAGUUUGGUCCUCAAUUCACACACCUUGGUUGGAGAGCGAGAGAUGGAGUGAAGAGGAAAGAGACUAACGUUAAGGGCAGGAGCCAGCUGUGUGAGAAUCAAGUGCUGGCGAGAAGAAUGCAAGGAAACCCCCCUGGGACCUCUAAUGGAAUGGAAUAGUACAAUGGCUGCACUGAGGAAAAACGACAACCCUCCUUUUCAACCAGAAUCCCACCGCUAGGCUGUAUUAAAGCAGUCGAGGGUACUGAAUUAAUGUCAAGCGUCUCGUGUAGGCAGCAUCAUGCUGCACCGCUGGAAGUAGCUGGAGGACCACCCAUGGAGAUUCCGCCUUCUCGACGUUCUCAAUGCUCCUAACACGCGCCAAGUAAACAGAAAUGCCUUCAAAGGUCAGCUGCUUAUACUUGUUGACGGUCGUUUGCUGGGCUAGCGCUCUCUGGUACCUGAGUCUGUCCCGUCCCUCCACCUCCUACGUGGGCCAGCUGUCCAUCCCCAUCCGCCAGAAGACCAAGCUCACCAAGAACGUGACCUUCAGCAAUAUACGGACUCGGCCGCUCAACCCGCACGCCUUCGACUUUAUCAUCAACGAGCCCAAGAAAUGUGAGACGGAGGCACCUUUCUUAGUCAUCCUGAUCAGCACCACCCACAAGGAGUUUGACGCACGUCAAGCAAUUCGAGAGACGUGGGGCGACGAGAGCACGUUCGGCGAUGGCGUUCGUGUCCUCACACUCUUCCUACUUGGGAGGAACACGGAUCCGGUGCUCAACCAGAUGGUGGAACAGGAGAGCCAGAUCUUCCACGAUGUCGUAGUGGAGGACUUCAUAGACUCCUACCACAACCUCACCCUCAAGACCCUGAUGGGCAUGCGCUGGGUGGCCACCUUCUGCCCCAAGGCACAGUACGUCCUCAAGACAGACUCGGACAUCUACGUUAACAUGGAGAACCUGGUCUACAACCUCCUCAAGCCCGCCACCAAGCCGCGGAGACGCUACUUCACGGGCUACGUCAUCAACGGAGGUCCGAUCAGAGACAUGCGCAGUAAGUGGUACAUGCCCAGAGACCUUUACCCUGAGACUAAGUACCCGCCUUUCUGUUCGGGCACGGGGUACGUGUUCUCGGCGGAUGUGGCCGAGCUCAUCUACAAGACGUCCCUGCACACCAGACUGCUCCACCUGGAGGAUGUGUACGUGGGGCUUUGCCUUCGUAAGCUGGGCAUCCACCCCUUCCAGAACAGCGGCUUCAACCACUGGAAGAUGGCCUACAGUCUGUGCCGCUACAGACGGGUCGUAACGGUCCACCAGAUCUCCCCGGAGGAGAUGCACCGCAUCUGGAAUGACAUGACCAGCAAGAAACACCUCAAGUGUUAAUCAGCUACCUACAGUUAGUGCCAAUAUGAGGAGGUCCUGAAUUCUUAAUCUUCUUCUCCUCCUCCUUCUUCUUCUUCUUCUUCUUCUUCUUCUUUAUUUCUUAUUCUCUUCCUCCUCCUCUGCCCCUUCCACCUCUUCCUAUCUCUGCAUUUCUUUGUCACUGUACAGCACAUGACCCCGAGGGAACAGUACUGUAACAAUAACCGUCUGGCCGUUUGCAUAGUCCAAGAGACGCUUCGCCAAAAGCCUCUUUAUCAGACCGAGGUUACUCUCUGGUGUUGUAACUCCUGCAUUCUCCCCCUUAGCUAUUGAUGAGUUUAAAGGCCACAGUUUAGAAAAUAAAAUAAUUCUGUAUAUUUUCUGAAAUAUAUUUGAUAAAAAAAUCCACUCUAUGAAAAUCAAAUGAUGUCCCACAAUGCAAUAGUAUGCCAUUUGCACCAUAUGUUGUUUAUUAGAUGAAAUCACUAAAACGCAGAGGUGGAAGCUUAGCAGUGGGACAGAAUGGCUCAGAAUGCUGUUAGGCUAAUCUAUGUAGGCAACGCUGCUAAUUUCCAGAAAAACUGGCCCUAUUACUGAAGUAGUAGGGAUGAUAAGAAAUACCAAGAUAUACAACCUAUGUAAACGUUCUGCUGUCAGUUAGGUUGAUAAUGAAUGUCCACUCUUAAUUUCCAGUCUUUGUAUAUUUAAUAAAGAUGUAUUUGUGGGAUGUACUGUUUUGGUACUGCAACAGAUGUUGUCAUAGUGAAAAGACCAUGAUAAGUUCACGAUGUAACAACGUGCUGUAGACAUAGAUUGAGUGUUCAUUGGAAUGAUCGAAGAUUGUUUGAACAGGAGACUAACAGUUCAAUGGAUCUGCUGUGUGACAUGACGGACAUACUUGCCUCUGCAAUUGGGUUGUAAUAUAUUGUUUUAAAGAUCAAACAUAUUUUCUUACUAUGGAUCUGGAGUCCUUUGUAUUGUACUAUGUAGAGAAUGACUUCAUUUCUUGAACACCAGUAUUUCUUAUGGGACAGUACAAAUGGCGAUGUAACGAUGUUAACCACAUGCAUUCCCAGGUGAAUGUUAUUCUAUCUGUAUGUGAUGUGCAAUUAUCUUUCCGCUCUUUAAGCCGUGCUGUGACGAGAUAGACUGCAGAGUGUUAUAUUUUCUAUUACUUGAACCAGAGGGACGACACAACCAAUGGCUGCAUUACAUUAAAGACUUAUUUCAUUUUA